AUGUUACAGCCAUUGGACACAAGCUUUCCAACUCAACCCGAGCCUGCAUUCCACUACACAACAUUCCAGACGGCGGAGGAUGAGGGUGCAGCAAGAAACCGUGGAUAUUUUCAGCUGAUGCAAGGUCUCCCGCAAAGUGCCUCAGACGGCCACCUUCAUGCUCAAGCAGAAGAAAUUAAGACAACUCCGCUGUUUUCCAAUGACGUCCAGAAGACUCUGAGGGGCGGCAUCAUGGGAGUUGUUGCCCCUAGCCACACUCCUUUCCCACAAUACGGGCUCCUAGGCAUGCGCGAACAGACAUACAACUCCUCCUUGCCGGAGGCAAGCAAGACUGUGUCACCUGAGGAUAAUCUCAUCUUCGCAAACAUGAAUGCUCCAUGGUCUGCCUUCAUAUGCGGUUCCCAAGGUGCUGGGAAGAGUCACUCGCUCUCUUGCUUCCUGGAGAACUCACUGUUAGCUUCAUCCAUGGCGGGAGAGAAUCCGAGGCCUCUAGCUGGCCUUGUAUUUCAUUACGACAAGUUCACAAGCAGUGAGAGCACACAGUUGUGUGAGGCCGCCUAUCUGUGCUCAUCGGGAAUUCCUGUGCGAGUUCUUGUCUCCCCGAGCAACGUCCAUGCAAUGCACAAGCUCUACAAAAACCUCCCUGGACUGCCUAGAGACGCUCCCCGUCCAGAUGUCAUCCCACUCUACUUUCAAGAGAACCAACUCAAUGUGACGCGGUUGAUGACGUUGAUGGCGGUUGAUGACAAGGACAAGGUGCCACUGUACAUGGAAGUCCUUUUCAAGGUGCUCCGUGAUAUGACAACAGAGAAAAAGGGCGCAGGAGGCUUUGAUUACCUUGAUUUCAAAGCACGAUUGUCGGGGAAGGGGUUCAAUUCCACACAAAACGGACCGCUCAGACUGCGUCUCGAAGUGCUCGAAUCUUUUCUUGCACACAAGGUCCAGACUGCGGAAUCCGCUGCCCGAUUGAGAGAUAUGUUCAUGUCUGCUCCAGGGACACUCACUGUUGUCGAUUUGAGUUGCCCUUUUCUCAACGAGAACGACGCAUGUGCCCUAUUCACAAUCUGCCUUUCGAUUUUCAUGGAGAGUCGGGCAGAUUGUGGUCGUGUCAUUGCCCUCGAUGAAGCUCACAAGUUCCUUACGAGGUCGGGUGAAGCUGAAAAGCUCACAGAUGAGCUGACAUCCAUUGUUCGUCAACAGCGCCACCUUGCCUCACGCAUCAUUGUAUCGACGCAGGAACCGACUCUCGCGCCCCGGCUUAUUGAUCUCUGCAAUGUCUGUAUUGUUCAUCGGUUCAGUUCACCUGCGUGGUUUGAAAUGCUCCGAGACCACCUUGCUGGUGCCAGCCGCCACAAGGGUUACAACAAUGCACAUUUGUUUGAGACGAUAGUUGGGCUGCAGACCGGGGAAGCGCUGAUAUUCUGUCCUGCGGCUCUGUUUGAUGUGUACAAUGGCAAUGUGCACACAUUGAAAGACGCUUUCAUCAGAGCCCGCAUCAGAAAUCGCGUGACUGCGGAUGGUGGAAGGAGCAUUUUAGCUUCCGACGAGAUGCAAUAUAGUGGCAUUGGGGAAAUGCUGACUCAGGAGCUCAUCCGACCGUUUGCGGCACAGAUGGGGGGUUUAGGCCCACAGCCUGGCAAGCAGUUCGGCAGACAUGCAGGCAAGCAGCCGGGCAAGCAGCUGAGCAAAGCAGAACGUCGCGCGGUCAAGGCGGGACGCGUGAUGAAGAGCCAACCUGUCCCGUCUCAGUCUCAAAACUUGAGGAGAGGUCUGACACAUGCGCAAGAACGCUAUGAGCUUCGUUCAGCGCACGCACCGACUCAAGAGCCACAACCGGGAAUUGUCCAGGGUUCGUCGGAGAGUUCAACACAGAGUCCAGUGUCCAGUGCCAUCCUCGCCGGGGAUGUAGGUGAUGUCUUCGCUGGUGCUCCUGAGUUUAUUCCCUUGGAUCCAAGAAUUGACCCCAGCUCAAUACCUAGUCGGGAUAUCCUCAGGGUUUAUGUCAGUAAUGCCGUGUCAGAAUCACUCGGCAGGAAUCCCAGAAAGAUUGGAUUCGCCGAGGUACGUCAAGCAGCAGCACGGAGUGCAGGCUUGCCUGAAGGAUUCUUUGGAGGGCCGGAAUGGAAAGCUUGGUCCAAAAGAGUGAUUAAUGAGAUGCUGGUGAGUUGGGGCUCGUCUCGUUUGAAGAUGAGAUUCGGUCACUGA